GCCCGGAGCCGAAUUCGAGUCGGGUUUGGUGAAUUGCGGUUUAUCUCUACGUACGUACGUUACGUAUAUAAAUAGUUAGAAGUUGGUGAUCGAGGGGGUCUGACCGCAUAGAAUUAGAAUAGGAGAAUCCAAUCCAUCGGAAUGACGUCGGAGGAAGCAACAAGAAGGGACUGGGCCGGGCUGCCGUGGAACGUCCUCUACUCGGUGCUAACUCGCGUGCCCUCUCUACAAGACUACCUCCGAUUCAGCUCCGUGUGCAAGCCGUGGAAGUCGGCAGCUGAGUCGGACAAUCGAGGCCGCAUCGCCACGGGCCACAACCAGCCGCCGCUCCUCCUGGUCCCGACCCAAGACCGCAGCCGCGAGAGCCGAGCUCUGUACAGCGCUGCCGCCGCCGCGGGAAACAAGCUCAUCGUCCCCAACCUCAACCUGCCCGUCCCUCACCACCACAGGAUCAGCUGCUGUGGCUCCUCCCACGGCUGGCUCGCCUUCACGGAACUGGACUACAGCGUCACGCUCUACAACCCUUUCACCCGCGCCCAAAUCCGCCUCCCUCGAUUCAAGACCAUGCCCGAGUUCGUCGCCGACCCCGCCGUAAUCCAUCCUCGAAUCCGGAACCUGCCCGAGUUCCCCGCCGACCCGUGCUUCCCGUACUACAUGGUCAAGAAGGUGGUGCUAUCCGCCGAUCCUUCCGUCUUCCCCGACGAUUACGUGGCCGCCGCGCUUGUCGGCGGGAAUGGGUCUUUGGCCGUGGUCAGAGCCGGGGAGAAAGAAUGGAGACACGUUACGGCUUGGGCUGCCGAUCAUUGUUGCCGUGACAACAACCCUUACAAAGACGCAAUGUACCUCUUGAUGUUCGGACUGCUACGCGACGUCGUAUUCCACGGAGGAGGAGGAGGAGGCUCGAUGAUCUACACCACCGGGGAUCGCGGGCUGCUUGCACGUGUCAACCUCGCCCUCCUGGAACUGGAGCUGGAGUUGGUGGUCCCGCCGUGGUUUCCGGAUCGCCUUCUCGACCGCGUCGACGCGUACAGAUACUUGGUGGAGUCAUCCGACGGCCGAGAUCUCUUCAUGGUCGUGCGGCUGGACGAGAGGAUGAUGGGAUUAGGCGACAGGUCUUGCAUCACCACCAAAGACUUCAAGGUGUUCAAGCUUCAUCAAGAGACGACGAGCAGGCGGCUGCGGUUUGUGGAGGUGGCGGAUUUGCAAGGGGACGCCGUGUUUGUCGGGGAUAAUAAUCACUCGACGGCGGUCCUGGCUUCGGCGGCCGGUGGUGGCGGUUGUAAGCCCGAUUCAAUAUAUUACACCUACGACUUCACUUGGGUUUUUCCCCUGGGGCUGGGACGUCAUGAUAUGGGAGUGUUCAGCGUCAAGGAUAAAGAAAUUAGCUCUCAUUAUGUCCCCACGCCGGCGCAAAACCUAGGCAUGCCACCGCCGAUUUGGAUCCUGCCUACGGUGCCUCCGCAACUCGAAUUUAAUUAGGCUAGCUACUUCUAUAUAUAGCAACUAUAUAUAUAUAUACAUUACAUUGCAUUACAUGCAUAAUAAGAGACUCUGUGGUUUGAUUUGCUACUUGCAUUGCUACCAACUAUAUAUGCAUGUCUCUUUAUCGUCAGAGUAUGUAUGUAUGUAUGUUACAGUUCGUUUAAUUGCUAAUAAAACGUGAACAAUAACUACUUCCCGUCCAUUUAAUUGCUUUUGCAUUUAUGCUUUUUCAGUACUUCUGAACAUGUAGACUCUGAACACUCUAAUUAAUCGACCGUGCCGCAGCAAUAGUGCUGGCUAUUUGGUCCGGAUUGUUUGGUUUUACCCAAAACCGGACCGUAUAACCCGGACCGGGACCAGACUGGGACCGGAUAGCAAACAAUCCAAUCUCAUAUUCGGGCUUAGAUUUGAGGUAAAACACCCGAAUAAGAGACCCCCAACACCUAAAAUAAAGAUCAAAUUGGGAC